CAUAUCACAAGGACUUAGAUUUCCGGUACAGUCACUACAAAGUUAUAUUUUUAUAUCUUCCCAGUGAAACAUUUAGUUUGUAUUGUUAUCUCGUCAGAAACGAAUUAAAACAUGGAACUGUACGCAAACACGACAGAAUACAAUUUCGACGAUCCAUGUUAUGAAAAUGGAGACACUCUAAAAGAAAAACAAAAACUACGAUUCGAUGAUUAUCACAAAAACGACACAAAAACGGCGCCUGUGUCUAAACGUUAUAAAUUUGUUGGUAACUUGUAUGAUACCGAAGAAAGUUUAAAAGCAGAAAGAGCUACUCGUUCUGUUCGAACAUAUAGUUGCUGUUGUUGUUUUCUUGGUUUUACAUUAGGAUGUGUAUUUGCGACUAGCGUCUGUGUCUUGGUGUAUUAUUUUGUAUUGCCUUAUUUAGUACCGUCACCAAAAGGUACACAACAGAUUGGAUGUUUAAAAGGCUGGGAACGAUACAAAGGGAACUGUUAUUUUUUCAGCAAAUUCAAUAUGUCAUGGACUGACGCUCAGACAAAUUGUACCAAUAUGAAAUCCCAGUUGACGGAUAUAGAGGACCAAGAAGAGGCUCUUUAUUUUGCAUCAUUGACGAACUAUUUUAUAGGUGAUGAUGCAUGGAUAGGCGGAAGAGGAACAAAUAUUAGUAACUUUAAGUGGUUUACUGGUGUCCAUGGCAGUAUUCCUAAGGUCAUGAACUUUACAUACUGGGCACAAGACAAACCUUCAUCAUUAAAAAUUGGAAAACAAUUAAAUUCUUCCCCGCCAAUAGAGAAUUGUGUUCUUGUCUGGAAACAGAAGAAUUACAAAUGGACUAAUGAACAAUGCUCGAAAGAAAAACCAUUCAUAUGUAAAUAUGUAUAUAAUAAAUGAUCGUUAAAAAA